AUGGCUCGUCUUAACGAUGCAAGCCGUUUUAUUCGCGGCCUAAAUAAAUUGAACCAAGAGAUAUUCAAACAAAUUUUGAACAAUUUUAAAAGUACUAGUCUAACAAACAGACCACCAUCAUCUGUUUCCGAAGGAAUUUCAAAUAGUUUUAACCAGCUUCAAUCAUCGAUAAGUACAUUGAGUUCAACGGAUACAAUAAAUAAAACGUUUUGGAAAUCAAGUAUACUCGUUCGUCAAACAGCGAUUGCCUUAACGGCUGCUAUUCGUUCUUCUCCUUCAACUUCCGAAAGACCUUUAACACAAACACAAAUUACAACCGAUCCAAUUCCAAUACCGCCACAUUCAGACACAACGACUACCACUUCUCAAAUACAAGAAUUUAGUAAUGAUAUCAGCUCUCAAACAUUCUCGACAUCUAUAACUCCACCACUUUCUAUUGAGCAGCAACCGUCAGCUUCAAAACCACAGACUUUUUUCACACCAUCACAAGUACCCCUAACAACAUCAUCUGAUCUGAAGAUUCAGCCACCAGUAACACCAAAGCCAUCUGAUAUAUCUUCUACCAUUGAAAAGCCCUCUAUUCAGUUUGAUCCGUUGAAACAAGUAGAUCCAACAAUAUCGAAUCCCGAUGCACAAGCUCGUGCUGUACCGACAUCGCGAUUUGGACGUUUAGCUAGUUUUGGUUCAUUAGCUGCCGGUUUGGGUUUAGGAGCCAUGGGACAAUUUGUUCGUCAAUCUGUAGGAUUAGAACAACAAGCGUCAUCACAAGCUGUACUAAGUCCAUAUUUAUCAAAAGCAAAUGCCGAACGUAUUGUUAAUACAUUGUGCAAAGUACGUGGUGCAGCGUUAAAAUUAGGACAAAUGAUUAGUAUUCAAGAUAAUUUUCUAGUCCAAGAUGAUGUUCAAAAAAUUUUUGAACGUGUUCGACAAAAAGCAGAUUUUAUGCCUGAAUGGCAAAUGAACGAUGUUAUGUUAAAUGAAUUUGGUGCUAAUUGGCGAGAAAAUUAUUUUUCAGAAUUUAAUGAACGUCCAUUUGCGGCUGCAUCAAUUGGCCAAGUGCAUUAUGGUGUAUUAAAAGAGAGUCAACAGCGUGUGGCAGUUAAAAUUCAAUAUCCCGGUGUAGGAAAAUCGAUUGAAAGCGAUAUUAAUAAUUUAGUAACAUUGUUAAAUUUUUGGAAUAUAAUACCGAAAGGUUUAUAUAUUCAAAAUGUUAUAACUGUUGCUAAACGUGAAUUGAACUGGGAAGUAGAUUAUGCACGAGAAGCCGAAUGGUGUAGAAAAUUUCAAAAAUUUAUUAUUAAGCAUCCUACCUAUAGGAUACCUGCAGUUAUCGAUGAACUAUCAACAAAAAAUGUUUUAACGUGUACCUUUCUUGAUGGAGUAUCAUUGGAUCGUGCAGUUGACUAUGAUCAAUCGACACGUGACCAUAUCGGUCAUGCUAUACUAGAAUUAUGCCUACUAGAACUAUUUAAAUUCAAAGCAAUGCAAACUGAUCCCAAUUGGUCUAAUUUUCUUUAUAAUCCUAGUGAUCGAACAAUUGGUCUAAUUGAUUUUGGUUCAGCACGUGAAUUUGAUGAUGCAUUUAUUGAUAAUUAUAUUAAUUUGAUACGCGCAGCAGCAGAUAACAAUAGCGAACGGGUUUUAAAAUUAUCAACUGAAGGAGGGUUUCUCACCGGUUAUGAGACAAAAGAGAUGGAAGAAGCGCACGUUCGAGCUGUGAUGAUAUUAGGUGAAGGUUUUCGAACAUAUGAACCAUUUGACUUUGGUAUACAAAAUACAACGCAGAAUAUUCAUCGUUUAUUACCUGUUAUGUUGAAACAUCGUUUAACGCCACCACCAGAAGAAACAUAUUCGUUACAUCGAAAAAUGGCCGGUGCUUUCCUUCUUUGUUCAAAAUUACGAUCAAAAAUUCAUUGUAAACCAAUAUUUGAAAAAAUAUGGGCAGAAUAUCAAAACGACCAUGUGAAAUUGAACGUAACUGCGUAG